AAUGCCAUUAAAAUUACUAAAACUUGUUUUCAAAAUUGGAGGUUUAUUUGCAAUGUCACCUGCCAGGAUUGAGAAAAAUGGGCUUGUGUUUCCGUCCAAAGCAUACUCCUUGCUCUGGAUAAUACUACUCUCAGCAGGAAUAUCUGUUACUGCUGUGUACAGAACAACUUCGUACAAAACUUUAAGUACUAUAGGACUUAUGCUACAAGCGUCCACGGAUGUUAUUUUGUUUAUUCUCAAUAUCUCUACAAUUCUGGUUACAGUGACAAAGAAAUACGAGUGGAACAAAUUCAUCGACGUUUUAAAAAUUCUUAGAAAUGGUAGUGAGGACAUGAAUGUAUUUUGGUUCACACCUUUUCUCGCAACAAAUGUCGUUUUCGUCAUAAUCAUGAUUUACGAAACUUAUUUGGUGAUACAGAUAAUUGGUCCCGAUUUUUUCAAUUUGUAUGCAAUUGAGUAUUUUCAACUCUAUGCACAAUUUAUAGUUUAUUCCAUGAUUUAUUCAUGUUUGAACAUGAUUCUGGACAGCAUUCAAAAUAUUUCCAAAGCCAUCAAUUCCCUGAAGCCUAAUCGACUAAACAGUUUUCUUUUGAAGCAAAUUAAGAGCGAUUUCAGGGCAUUGUCACAAUGUGUGGAAAUUUUUAACAACAUUUUUGGCUGGCUAAUACUACUAUUGAUUGGAUUUACGUUUUUUGAGCUACUGAGAAGUGUACAAGUUAUGAUCAUGGGAACAAGAAACACAACAGUUGCAACGGUUAUAAUACGGUCCAUGUUCAUUAUAUGGCUGAUGGUCGGGACGUUUAACAGUGUUUUCAUCUGUGAUUCAGUUGAGCAAAAAGUUAUGAACAUGCAAAUGGUAGCGUACAAUACUGUAGCAAACUGUGCUGAAGGAAGAGAAACUGAAGAAAUGAAGAAUCUGAUAUAUGCUAUAGACCACAAUUUUCCCCACUUUACGGCCGCCGGAUUUUUCAAGCUAAAUAGGAAAACGAUUCUUGGCUUUUUCCAUGCUCUUUUGACCUUUCUAAUUGUUGCGAUUCAAUUUGAAAACUUUAAAAUGUAAAGUUGAAACUGUUGUACCUU